AUGCGCAGUAUUCUCUACGUCGCUCUUGUCUUCGUGGUAUUAUCUGAAAGCAGCGUCGUCGCAGCGUUCCUGAAACCCGAUGCGUCUCAGUCUCAGUUCCCGUCGAAGGCAUCUACUGACUUUGAGGUCAACAGAUCUCUUCGGGUUGCAGGCCAACAAGUUGUCCAGAGCGGCCGCCCCAACGACGGGUAUGGAGGGAUCUGGAAAGCUGUUACCCAUGGUACCGCCAAAUUCGUCAAGACACCCGACGUAGACAUGAAAAAACUCAUCGAGUUGGCCAAGAAGGCAGAGAAGCUGAAAAAGUUGGUUAAGCCUUCAUCGUCGUAG